CCGCCACAGCGAUACAUUUUUGACCUCCUUGUCCUGCUUGGCUGGCCUGCUAUUAUCCACUGCGCGUCAUACGGCGACUCAAACCGUCGAGAAUGGCUCGGAAACGUCGUCACUGGUCCGUCAUCGCAUCCGAUGGAAGGUCUCCCAAACGGCGAGCGCAGCCUGAAGAGGUUAUAAUCGUCGACAGCGAUGACGAUGACCUAGAGGCUAUUCUCGCUAAAAUCAAGCAGCAAGAGGAAAGCGAGGCACAAGCUAAGCGGCUACAAACGGAGUGGGCAAGUAACAACCAAGCGCCACAGGCCGGCCCCAGUAGGCUGGAUGAGCCUGUCCCUAUUGCAGAUGUGCCUAUUGCUGAGACUGACGAGGCACUUGCAAGGAGGCUACAAGAGGAAUGGGCUGCAGAGGACGUCGCUGCGGGCCAACAGUUGUUGGGCUCUGCAAGUCGUGCCGUCGCUCUUUUCGAAGCCCUAGGUGGCCUUGAUCGUCAAUAUCUUGGCGAACGAGCCAUGUCAGACAGCCGAGCGAAAGUGGCUGCGUCGAAGCGUCGCAGAUCUGCUGUCAGCACCGUGGGUCCUGGCGGGACUGGAUAUGCUACAGGUUCAACUGGCGAAUACCAUGGGUACGGCUAUGCUGAAAACGACGACCACGCCUUAUUCAACCCCCGAGGCCGUGGUCGCCGUGGCCGAGGUAUGCCCCCCACAGUUACAGAGCAUUCAACACGGACCGCUCUCGCAUCGCACUGGGACGAGAUCCUCGUCCGCGCAUUGAAGACGAUCAUCUCACUUCUCCCUGCUCCUUACGCAGACGAUGCACAGGUUUACGACAUGCUUCCUCACCCAUCUGUUACGCAGCUGCUGCAGAUCUCUCAGCUACCAGAACUACUGGCCGGCCUCCUGCGCAACGAUUCGCUAACUGACUGGACGGCGCGCUGCGACCUGUACAAUGCCAUGCUAUUACUGCUGCGCAGAAUGGCGGACUGCGAAUUGACGCUGGAGGUUUUGAUCGGCGAACGGUACGAGCUCGCCAGCAGUGGAGGGCUCGAAGAGUGGAUGUGGGGCGACGGCGAAAUCAAGUGGGCAGAGUCCUCUGAUGGCGCAUCAGUCAAAGCGCAGCCGCUGUACACCUACUUCCAGAAGCUCACGAAGCAAAGUGAGGCGUUCCUUGCGGGCGCGUCUGCGCUUCUUGAAUCGGGAGGCGAGGACGCUGAGAUUGAGAAUGCUGUACAAUCUCUCUCGUUGUGUGGUGAAUUCAUUGCGACAAAGGACGACCUGGAGAGGGCAAUGAGGGUGCUCAACAACGGCCCGUCCCCACCGACUAAUAACGGCAAGAAUAAGGGCAAGGGCCAUGACCCCGCACUCGAGCUCGAGCGCAGAUACACCGCGGAGUGCGAACGGCUCGCCUUCGCACACGUCGCAUUCCCGCAGGCGCCCGAUGGGUGCUAUGCAACAUUUAACUACGCGAACCAGCUCCAGCGCACCGCAAACGCGACACGGACGCCGAAGGACCGGCUUCACCUCGUCAAGGAGCUCGCGGUCACGGCAACGAGCCUGCCCACCGGCAUCUGGGUGCGUGUCGACGAGGUGCGGAACGACGCGAUUAAGAUCAUGAUUGCUGGCCCAGAAGGCACGCCUUACGCCGGCGGGUUGUUCGAGUUCGACUGUUUCGUCCCGCUCGAGUAUCCACACAAGCCGCCCCUGAUGCACCUCCGCACGACCGGUGGCGGCUCGGUGCGCUUCAACCCCAAUCUUUACAACUGUGGCAAGGUGUGUCUGUCGCUGCUCGGGACAUGGCCUGGUCGUCCGGAGGAGCAGUGGUCCUCGAAGUCAACGCUCUUGCAAAUACUGGUGUCCAUCCAGAGCAUGAUCUUGGUCGAACUGCCGUGGUUCAACGAACCGGGACGCGGCAAAGCAUCUCUGACGAACCGCGCGAGCAUCGAGCACAACAAAGAGCUCCAGACGCACACGCUCCGGUGGGCAAUCAACAACUGGCUGCGCGACGAGCACAAAGAGAGCAUUUGGGCCGAUGUCAUCGCGUCGCACUUCAUCACGCGUGAGGCAAAGAUCCGCCAGUGCAUCAGAGACUGGGCGGGAUCCAACCCCCGCAUCCGCGGGUACAGCAGCACGCCCUCGCAGCUACCGUACGCUGUGCAAGAUCUGUGGGGCGCUGCACCCGCGGCUCCAGCUCGAAAGGCACAACGCAAGGACCUUAUUGCCGAAUUCGAGCAAGGGAUGCAGCGGGUCAGGGCGUGGAAUGUUUAGCUACAACCAGGUGCAAGAAUGACAAGAAGACGCGUAGCAUUAUGGUCAUGUACAGGCAGCGUAUUCCCAUUGGAUAUACCGUACAAUCUACUCACUUGCAUCAGUAUUCGGACGCCUCUUCAUCCACUUUAGCGUUCUCGGUGUACUCUUGAGCAUAUCGGUGAUUAGCUGGCACACGGGGUCAGUAGCGGUGUGGACGCAUGGCUGCGACGAGGACCGACGUUCUUCUGCUUGCGAUGGUAGCUCUCGACGCGCUUGCGCAUGAUAGCAAGGUCGGCCUCACGUGUGAUGCCGUUGCGGAACUCGUGGGAUCUUUGAUAUCUCUGAUCUUUGGGGACUGUUCGAGAUGGCGCAAAUCGACGUCUUCCCUGCAUCUGUGUUGCCUGAUUGAGAGCAGUGUCCGACAAUGGU